CCGUACAUGUUAUGACCGAGUACUUUAUUGAUAAGAUAAAAUAUCGCUAUUUACUUUGGUUGCACAUGAAUGCAGCUUUUUCUAUUGGAGCAUUAACGGCAACAGCAGCUGGAACAAUGUACUUAGGGUACUUAUAUUUCGUUUGCGGAAUAUUUAGAAUCGCCAGUUACCGUAUCAAGUAUGCGAUAGGUAUCAAUUUUCAACAAAAUAUUGAUCUGAAGAAAGAGAUAAUAAUUCAUAAAGACAUCAUCUAUGCCGUGGAUGCGCAUCGCAAAGCUAUGAAAUUCAUCAUGGUUAUUCAAUCCAAUUUUGAAGUACUUUUGUUCCUCCUAAUAGUGUCUUUUGUAAUAUGCUUGAGUCUCUGUCUUUAUCGAAUAUUUCAGAUCUUGUCGUUCGAAAACAAUAUCAUGGGAUUUUUAUUACAUCUUGCAUAUGCGCUUUGUAUUGUUCUAUUCAUGUUCUUAUUUAACUACAUUGGACAAGAAAUUAUGGAUCACAAUAAUCAUAUAUUCCACACUGCGUAUAAUAUUUGUUGGUACAUAGCACCGUUACACGUACAAAAAAUAAUAUUGCUGCUGUUACAAAGAAACACGAAACCUUUUAUCAUAAGUUUCGGUAAUAUAUUUAUAGCAACUUUAGAACAUUUUUCUUCGCUAAUGAGUGCAUCGAUGUCUUACUUCACCGUUUUGUAUUCCACACAACAAAAAAAUAAUGAUCUAUCAUCUAAUACUAUAUCAGAUUAUAAUAGCAAGAUAUAAAGAACUGCCUCAUAUCUAUUUAACUUAAAACUUUAACUUAGAACAAAG